CAGACGGCAGCAGAUCGGUUUGUUUUGCCCCUGUGUCAGCUCCGUGGUUCGGUUCUGCUCGGUUCUGUCCAGUCUUCUGUCGGUACUCGGGGACGGCGGGUUUGGUUUGGACACGUCUGCGAUUCCGGUACCGCCGCCAUGUUUGAGCAUCUGAAGGAGCGUCUACAGUCCGUGCAACACGACUUUACCACCGGGUUCAAGACUCUGGGUGAUAAAUCGAAAGAGGCCAAAGUUUUAAGGAAGCCGAGGCAAGAAGAGCGCCUCCUACACUCCAGCGCAGGACUGCACAUCCUCCGCAGGUAUGAGGAGAGCUGGUAUCAACUGCACAGGAAAACUAAGGACUGCGCUCAGGCUGCUCAGCAGGUGGAUGGAGACCUGGUCAUGCUCUCCGCUCUGUGGGAUAAACGCAGGACUGCUCUUGCACAGCUGGAGGAGCAGCUGCAGGGUUUGCCCGCCCUCAUCACCGACCUGGGCACCAUCACCUCCGGCCUGGCUCAGUUGGAGGGGGACUUUGAGGAGAUGGAGAGCAGGAUGGUGUACCUGGAGACUCUGUGCUGUCAGUGUGAACAACAGACCGUCAAACAGCAGCACCUGAAGGAGCUGGAGAGCUACAAAAAGAAGAAGAGGAAAGAACUUCACGCAUUUGAAAUGGAGCUGAACUCGGAGCAUUCUCAGACGGUGGCUCACAUGGAGCAGUUAGUCCAGCAGAAACUGAAGCAGAAGCAGAAGGAGUAUGAGGAGGCCUUCCACCAGGACAUGGAGAAGUAUCUGACCUCAGGUUUCCUCAUGCAGAGAGAAGCAGCGCCCCCUGAUGUGUCAGAGCUGGAUCACAUCACUGUGACCAACACCUCGGAUCUACAGGCCCUGGAUGACUUCCUCAACUCCUCCAGUGAAGACCUGAGCUCCCCUUAUGGAGACCUGAGCUCCAGGACCUCGAUGGGGUCAGGUUCCUCUGACUGUGCAUCUGUGGGCCAGUAUAGAGUCGUGGCGCAGGAGCCAGCGGAAGAGGGGUCAGAGGAGCACGAGGAGCAGGAGCCAGAGGAGGAGCCAGAGGAGGAGGGGUCAGAGGAGCAUAACAGUGAGACAGACUCAGAGGCCCCUGUGGUAGAGGAGGAUCAUGAGGAGGUUCUACCAGACCUUUCGCUCUAACAUGGACAACUACUCAGACUCUGAAACCUUCUCAUACUGGACUUCUGUUUUAAAGGAGACAUAUGAUGCUUUUUGGAGGUUAUUUAGUAUUAAACUAUAAGAUACAUACAUCUCAGUUUUACAUUUUAUUCAUUAUAAAGCAAAGCAUUGAUCUAAACUGAGUUAAUAAUAGAAGCCGGUGCAUUGACUUCUUGUUCAAAACUGACAGUCCUCACAUCUUCAUAGUGGCGUUUCACUGUAACAAGCAACAGAUUUUCAGUUUAUGUUUAUGUUGUUGAAACAUGUUCACGUGACAUUUUUGAUCCCUACAUGUAUGACCCAGUGUCUGCAUUUUAGGAAUAAUCGCAGCAAAAUACAGAGCUGUGGGUGGAGAUAGGCAGUAGGUGAAAACUGACAUUUUCUGAAGUCAUGAAUGAAUGCCCCAACACAGACAUAUUGUACACUGCCUGGCCAAAAAAAAAGUCUCAAGAUUUUUUUUUCCAUCCAGCGUUGGAUUAUUUUUUCACCAAGAUGUUGCAUUGAUGAUGGUCGAGUCUGACGCUGCACAAAGCUUCUCCAGCACAUCCCAAAGAUUCUCAAUGGGGUUAAGGUCUGGACUCUGUGGUGGACAAUCCAUGUGUGAAAAUGACGUCUGUCCCUGAUCCACUCUUUAACAAUUUGAGCUCGAUGAAUCCUGAUAUUGUCAUCUUGGAAUAUGCCCGUGCCAUCACGAAAGAAAAAAUCCAUUGAUGGAAUAACCUGGUCAUUCAGUAUAUUCAGGUGUCAGCUGACCUCAUUCUUUGAGCACAGACUGUUGCUGAACCUAGACCGGACCAACUGCAGCAACCCCAACCUGUUUGCCUAGUUAAAUCCAGGUGGUGACUUUUUUUGGGCCAGACAGUGUAUAAUAUCUGAGGUAAAAAAAAACAAACUGUGCUGCGUACUGUCGGUAUCUAAUUAGAAAGCAUUUUAUUGUCCAAUAAUCAGGAACUGCGCAUUAUCAUGCUAGUUGUUGUUAGAUAGUUAUCUUUUGUUGUUAGUCACGGCAAAUUUUCGCUCCACAAAUACUCAUCACAGUGAAUAAUUAGGAUGCUCUGAAUGCAUGAGGACCACUGCAAACUGUUUAAAAUCAACUAGUUCUGUUUGUCAUGUUUUUAAGACAGUGAAAGUCAGGUACAGCACAUUUGACAGUACCCUACCAUAUCUAUUCAUGAUUUUAAAGAAUGAACCAUGAUCGCAACACAAAGAUAUCUUCACAUUUUCACAGUUGGCAAAUUGACACAUCUGCGAUCUGCUCACAGAAUAAAUGCAUGUUUUUCUAGAUAUAACUGAACAUACAGGAUGAGUGAAAAAACACAUCGUUUCAUUUUUGUUUCCAUUUCCAUGAUUAUUUACACUGUAGAUUCUAACUGGCACAUCAAAACUAUGAAUGACACAUGUGGAAUGUAGUAAACAAAAAAUAAACCUUCUUUCAAUGGAGAAUAGAUACACUACCAGUCAGGUAGUGGCAGACCAAAAAGAUGUUCAUAAAAAAACCCAAAAAAUGUUACAUAUAGAGUUAUCAAAAGUAUUGAAAAUCAGAUACUAAUCAAUAUUAAAACUAGCAUCGAAAAUAGAUACAAGUAAUGAUACUAAAGAAAGUGAACCUUUCUUGAAUAGAAUGAUCUUGAGCUGUGUCAGAACAAGUCUAAGACACAUAGACUAGUAAACACCCAUGGACCACUCGCCACAUAUUGACACAUAGUACUACCAUUUAAUGUUGAAUAUCACAUUCUAUUGUCUAAAUAAAGAGUGUUUUUAUUAUC